AUGCCCGAGUCCAACUCAGGUCCGUCAGAUUAUGGACCUUCUCGGCCCGACGUACCCAAGGGCAAAGGAAGAGCCCCAAGCAUGGGUGGCAAUUCUCUUUCUGUUUCGGAAGAGAGAAUCCUUGAUGCUCUGAGUAGGCUGCUCCGCACAACGGAGAUGCAGAACAUGAUGACUACAAUUACUGAGGAGGUGAACAAUUUGGUCCAGGUGGCGGCAAGAAAUGAGAUUGCUGAAGUGGUCAACAAUGCUCUUCAAGAGACCCGACAUGCACUUAUGCAGGAGGUGAACGAUUCAAUCCAGGUGGCAAGGAAUGGGAUUACUCAAGAGAUGAGGGACGCACUUGGGGAGACAAGAAAUGCACUUACUCAGGACAUCAACCAUUCAAUCCAGGAGACAAGAAAUGCAAUCACGCAGGAGGUGAACGAUUCAAUCCAGGCGGCAAGAGAUGAGGUUACUCAAGAGAUCAACAAUGCAGUUCGGGAAACAAGAAAUGAACUUACUCAGGAGAUGAACAAUUCGAUCCGCGUGGCAAGAAACGGGAUCACUGAGGAGAUCAACAACUCAAUCCAGGAGGCAAGAGCUGCAACUACCAAUUCGAUCCAGGAGACCCGAGCCACAAUCACUGAAGGAAUGAACAAUUCGCUCCGAGAAACAGAAAAUACCAUUACUCAAGCGAUGAACAACUCACUCCGAAGGACUGAAAAUACUAUUACUCAAGCGAUGACCGAUUCACUCCGAGGAACGAGAACUACAAUUACUGAAGACAUAGUGACCGCCUUCAACAACCGGGAAGAUGGGGUUGAGAACCAUCUCACACAAUGUAUAGAUCAGUCGACUGAAAAUAUCAAUGACAUAAUAGCCGAUCUUGAGGGGCGAGGGCACAAUCUAGCACGCUUCGAGAUCCAAGCGAGAAGAAUGUGUGAUCUUUUGGGUACAGCAAGGCAUAUGUACAUUUAUUGGAGAAGCAAAGAAGACGGGGCGAGGGACCGGAUUAGACUUGGAAAUAAUGCCAAUCGAAUGCGUCGGCCAAAUGGUCAAAGAGACUAG